GUGGGAAAGGGGUCCUUACAGCCAAAUGUAAGAAAGAGGGAGGGCGGCGAAGUUUUUUGGAACUUUGUGAACGAAAAGUAGUCGUAUACGUGACCCCAGCAUGUCAGGCAGUGGCAUAUCGUUUGUGACUGAAGCACAGAUAGAAGAGAGGAAGAAGAAACGUCAGGAAGAAUGGGAGAAAGUGAGAACAGACGACCAACCCGAAGAAUGCCCAGAGGAGGAGUACGACCCCCGCUCACUGUUUGAGAGGCUGGAGGAACAGAAGGAGAAGAAACAGGCAGAGUUUGAAGAACAGUUCAAGUUCAAGAACCAGUUUCGAGGGCUGGAAGAGGAGGAGACAAACUUCCUCGGGGAGGUGGACAACAUCCGAGCCAAGAUAGAGAGACAGAAGAGACAAGAGGAGUGGGAGGUCAUCAGGGAGCAAAGAAAAGCUCUAGAACUCGUCAAUGAAGCUGAGGGUGCAGCAACUAGCAGUGCCUCACAGCCGCACCAGGAGCAAAGUGCCAAGAGACCCGCCAACAAACCAGCAGCAAACCAACCCAGGAAGUCCCAACAGGCACUACUGGCUGGGGCUGUCAAGAGAAAGAGAAGCAGCAGUGAUGAUGUCAAAGAUACCAGCAGUCUUCCAAAAGUAACCAGACAGUCUGAAGACAGUUCUUCACAUGAUACAAAAACAGAGCAGACAUCACCAGACGACAGUAGAACACCAACAGACGACGCCCCUCCGUUGGAGUUACAGACAGCGCAGGUGGUGGCGGUGCUUCCCGGGCUGGGCGCGUACAACUACAGCAGCGACUCCAGCGAGGCGUCCAGCGACGAGUCGGACGUUAUCGAGGUCGUCCCCAUCCUUAUGAAAGGUUGCGCUGGCACGGCGGCCAGUAAACUCGCGGCAGGAGGGAAACAUCAACAUCACAGACACUGACAACUGCCACUGUAGAUAACUGGUUCUUGGACAUUGUUAAGUAAACAUGAAGCAAGAGGACACAAUAAAA